GGCCGUGGUGCGUGCGUGUGCGGGGCCGGGAGGAGGCCGACAGGACAGCAGCGGUGGGGGCACAUCGGGCAGGGUAAGUCAUGACUUCAAAUUCUGGGUAUCUGGAUUCCAAAGCUGAGCUUACGGCUUUGCUAGAGCAGUGGGAGAAAGAACAUGGCAGUGGACAGGACAUGGUCCCCAUUCUUACUCGAAUGUCAGAAUUGAUUGAGAAAGAGACUGAAGAGUACCGUAAGGGAGAUCCAGAUCCGUUUGAUGACAGACAUCCAGGUCGAGCAGAUCCGGACUGUAUGCUUGGCCAUUUGCUGAGAAUACUGUUCAAAAAUGAUGAUUUCAUGAAUGCGCUGGUAAAUGCUUACGUGAUGACAAGCAGAGAGCCACCCUUGAACACCGCUGCCUGCCGACUCCUUCUAGACAUCAUGCCUGGGCUGGAGACUGCUGUCGUCUUUCAGGAAAAGGAAGGCAUCGUUGAGAAUCUUUUCAAGUGGGCACGAGAGGCUGAUCAGCCUUUGCGAACGUAUGCAACUGGAUUGCUAGGAGGGGCCAUGGAGAACCAAGAUAUUGCAGCCAACUACAGAGAUGAGAAUUCUCAGCUGGUGGCAUUUGUACUUCGACGCUUACGAGAGCUUCAAGUUAAUGAAGUGAAUACAAAACACGAAAACAAGCGGCUCAGUCCCCGAAAAGUGCCCUCAGACCCUCUUUUGCCUCUUGAUGAAGAGGCUGUGGACAUGGACUAUGGAGAGAUGGCUGUGGAUGGGGAGCAGGAGGAAGUUACAGGGGACAUGGAAAUCUCGUUUAAUCUUGAUUCAAGUCACAAAACAAGUAGUCGGGUGAAUUCCGCCACAAAAAAGUCAGGGAAACAGCAUGAAAGAGAGAAUUUCCGGAAAGCAAAACAGAAACUGGGCUUUUCUUCAGAGCCAGAAAAGAUGUUUGUUGAACUGUCUAAUAGCAGCUGGUCAGAGAUGUCUCCAUGGGUGAUUGGCACGAACUAUAGCUUGUACCCCUUGACCCCUGGUAUAGAGCAAAGAUUAAUUCUGCAGUACCUGACUCCUCUAGGGGAGUACCAAGAGCUACUGCCGAUCUUCAUGCAACUUGGAUCAAGGGAACUGAUGAUGUUCUAUAUUGAUUUGAAGCGGACCAAUGAUGUAUUACUCACUUUUGAAGCCCUAAAGCACUUGGCAUCCCUGCUUCUCCACAAUAAGUUUGCCACAGAGUUUGUUGCGCAUGGAGGGGUACAGAAGUUACUGGAGAUUCCUCGUCCUUCCAUGGCAGCUACUGGUGUCUCGAUGUGCUUGUAUUAUUUGUCUUACAAUCAGGAUGCCAUGGAGAGGGUGUGCAUGCAUCCCCACAACGUAUUAUCAGAUGUUGUGAAUUAUACCCUGUGGCUGAUGGAGUGCUCUCAUGCCUCAGGCUGCUGCCACGCUACCAUGUUCUUCUCUAUUUGUUUCUCGUUCCGUGCAGUCUUGGAGCUCUUCGAUAGGCAUGACGGCUUACGACGCCUAGUUAACUUGAUCAGCACGCUUGAGAUCUUAAACCUAGAGGACCAGGGUGCACUGUUAAGUGAUGAUGAGAUCUUUGCCAGCCGCCAGACCGGGAAACACACUUGCAUGGCCAUGCGCAGGUAUUUUGAGGCGCACCUUGCUAUCAAAGUAGAGCAGGUGAAACAGUCACUUCAGCGCACAGAGGGCGGCAUUCUGGUCCAUCCACAGCCUCUGUACAAGGCUUGUUCUUACAAUCAUGAGCAGAUUGUAGAAAUGAUGGAAUUUCUAAUAGAAUAUGGGCCUGCACAGCUGUAUUGGGAGCCAGCAGAGGUCUUUCUCAAACUGUCUUGUGUGCAACUUAUGCUGCAACUAAUUUCAAUAGCAUGUGACUGGAAGACCUACUAUGCCAGGAAUGAUACAGUACGUUAUGCUUUGGAUGUCCUGGCCAUCCUUACUGUGGUCCCAAAGAUCCAGUUGCAGUUAGCAGAGUCUGUGGAUGUGUUGGAUGAGGCAGGAUCUACUGUUUCCACUGUGGGUAUUAGCAUCAUCCUGGGAGUUGCCGAAGGUGAAUUCUUCAUCCAUGAUGCAGAAAUCCAGAAGUCGGCCCUUCAGAUCAUCAUUAACUGUGUGUGUGGCCCAGACAAUCGCAUCUCCAGCAUCGGCAAGUUCAUCUCCGGCACCCCUCGACGUAAGCUUCCCCAGGCACCCAGGAGUAGCGAGCACACGUUGGCCAAGAUGUGGAAUGUGGUGCAGUCCAACAACGGCAUCAAAGUGCUGCUGUCGCUGCUGUCUGUAAAAAUGCCCAUUACGGACGCAGACCAGAUACGAGCCCUGGCGUGCAAAGCCUUGGUCGGGCUGUCGCGUAGCAGCACGGUCCGGCAGAUCAUCAGCAAGCUGCCCCUCUUCAGCAGCUGCCAGAUCCAGCAGCUGAUGAAGGAACCUGUUCUUCAGGACAAGCGCAGCGAGCACGUCAAGUUCUGCAAGUACGCUGCUGAGCUGAUAGAGCGCGUCUCAGGAAAACCCUUGCUGAUCGGAACGGACGUCUCACUGGCUCGACUGCAGAAAGCAGACGUGGUGGCUCAGUCAAGGAUUUCCUUCCCUGAGAAAGAGCUGCUCCUUCUGAUCAGGAACCAUCUCAUCUCUAAAGGGCUGGGAGAAACUGCCACGGUCCUUACCAGGGAGGCAGACCUACCCAUGACGGCAGCUUCUCAUUCCUCCGCCUUCACCCCUGUGGCUGCCGCUGCUUCUCCCGUGCCUCUGCCUCGUACCCCUCGUAUAGCAAAUGGCAUUUCAGCCCGGUUGACUAGCCAUGCCUCGGUGGCUUCCAGUGCUGCCUCUGUCCAUGCCCAGCCAAAGCAGGCUGCCCCCCAGAGCUCACUUGCCCUCCCGGGUCCAUCUCAUGCCAGCAACUCCCCUGUGAUUGGCAGGAUUAGCUUCAUCCGGGAGAGGCCGUCUCCCUGCAAUGGCAGGAAAAUCAGAGUGUUGCGGCAAAAGUCAGACCAUGGCGCCUACAGCCAGAGCCCAGCCAUCAAAAAACAGUUGGACAGGCACCUCCCUUCCCCUCCCACGCUGGACAGCAUAAUCACAGAGUACCUUAGGGAGCAGCAUGCUCGCUGCAAGAACCCUGUGGCUACUUGCCCCCCCUUUUCUCUCUUUACACCCCACCAGUGUCCAGAGCCAAAACAGAGGCGCCAAGCGCCAACUAACUUUACCUCACGUCUGACUCGCAGGGCAGCCUUUCCAAAGUAUGGCGGGGUGGAUGGUGGAUGCUUUGAUAGACACCUUAUAUUCAGCAGGUUCCGUCCAAUUUCUGUGUUCCGGGAAGCCAAUGAAGAUGAAAGUGGCUUUACAUGUUGUGCGUUCUCUGCCCGAGAGCGGUAGGAGGAGGCCAGUUACAGUUGCCACAACUCUGCCAUCACUCACCUUGAGCCGUCCAGGGACGGCUCUUUAUUGCUGACAUCUGCAACAUGGAGCCAGCCUCUGUCUGCAUUGUGGGGAAUGAAGUCUGUCUUUGAUAUCAAGCACUCCUUCACAGAUGACCAUUAUGUGGAAUUCAGCAAGCAUUCUCAGGACAGGGUCAUUGGCACGAAGGGGGACAUUGCCCAUAUCUAUGAUAUUCAGACUGGCAACAAGCUGUUGACUCUGUUUAACCCAGAUCUUGCCAACAACUACAAGAAGAAUUCUGCCACCUUCAACCCUACAGACGAUCUUGUCUUAAACGAUGGUGUCCUCUGGGAUGUCCGCUCUGCACAGGCUAUACAUAAGUUUGACAAAUUCAAUAUGACCAUCAGUGGCGUAUUCCAUCCCAAUGGUCUGGAAGUUAUCGUCAACACAGAGAUUUGGGACCUGCGAACUUUCCACUUGUUACACACAGUGCCAGCUUUGGAUCAGUGUCGUGUAGUCUUCAACCACACAGGAACAGUAAUGUAUGGAGCAAUGUUACAGGCCGAUGAUGAAGAUGACCUGCUGGAAGAGAGGAUGCGGAGUCCCUUUGGAUCUUCUUUCAGAACAUUCAAUGCCACAGACUACAAACCAAUUGCCACCAUCGAUGUAAAAAGGAACAUCUUUGACCUGUGUACUGAUUCAAAGGACUGUUACUUGGCAGUUAUUGAGAACCAAGGAAGUAUGGAUGCCAUGAACAUGGACACAGUUUGCAGGCUGUACGAGGUGGGAAGGCAGCGCUUGGCAGAAGAUGAAGAGGAUGAGGAAGAAGACCAGGAGGAGGAAGAACAGGAAGAAGAGGAUGAUGAUGAGGAUGAUGAUGACACAGAUGAUCUUGACGAACUGGACACUGACCAGCUGCUGGAGGCCGAUUUGGAGGAAGAGGAAACCAAUGAGAAUGCGGGUGAGGAUGGAGAAAAUGACUUCUCUCCUUCUGAUGAUGAGGAAUUGGCCAACCUGCUGGAAGAGGGGGAUGAAGGAGAGGAUGAAGAUUCUGAUGCAGAUGAGGAAGUUGAGCUCAUCCUUGGUGAUACUGACAGCUCAGAUAAUUCGGAUUUGGAAGAUGACAUAAUCUUGUCUUUGAAUGAGUGAGGAGUAGCCAUCCGCAGGAUGUUGGCAGCAGGAAAUCUCCCUUCUCAGAAGAAGCAAGGAGACCAAAUCAAGAGGUGGUAUUGAGCACCCUCUCAGAUCCUAAUUCUCGGGAGAACAUCUAAAGAACUCCAGCCCUUCAGUUCUUGCAGUGGACAGAUGCAGGUUCCUGGUACAGCCAGAGCUUUCUGACAAAGAGACCAGUGGAUUGGGCUUUAUUUUCUCUGCCUUCUUCUUUUUGGUUUUUAGGCUGAGACAUGACUCUCCUCUCUGUGGAGAUCUCUGAAGAUAUUUCACAAUAUAUUUUCUUUGUAUAAAGUUCUUUCCUAAAGAACAAUAGUUUUAUAUGAAACAAACAAAAAAGAUUUUAAAAAACAAGCAGGUGUUAUAAAGAAAGUAUGCUUGUAUCUUUCUAAUACCUAGUCACCAUGAUGAGGGAUUUUUUUGGGGGGGAAAGAAAGUUUAAAAAUAAAAGGGCAUUUUUACUGAAAAGGGUGGGGAAGGGGAGUAAGUGAAUCAUGGUUUGUAAAACUGUGGAUGAGUGAUAUUUUUAUUUUAAAUAUAAUUUUGUAAUGGAGGUGUUGCCACCUGCUAUGAAGAUGAUCUUUUUUUUGGUCCUUUCAAAAGCCCAAGGAGAGUUUGUGCUGCAGUAGCCAUAGGAAAUGACUGGAGAUUGGGUUCUGUCCUAUUUAGAACCUGCCAUUGCUGGAGAUGAAGGACUCUAGUCUGUAAGCUCCUACUCACCCAGAUGACCAUUUUUUUUUUUUUGUGAUUGAAAUUUUAAAUCUUUUUUCCUUCCCUUCUGCCGUGUGUGCAAACUAUGAACUGAAGGCCUUUUUCUUUAAUGUAAAUUGUAUUUAUUAAAAAAUAAAUAAAAU